AGUUCUCUUUUUAGGUUGCCUUCUAUUUGGACAUCUUCACCGAUACACGCCGUCAAUCUGCAACUUUUAUUGGUUACGCUUUACAGCAUAAUAUUAUUCCCACUAGGUGGAAGUCUGAUAUUAUUCCACAUUUCUGGAAAUACUUUCAUCAUGUUGGUUCCUCGUGGAGAUGCCGACUUCGAUCUCUAUCCUUACAAGCCUUCAACAGUAGCUGGAUGGAUAUUCCUUGUACUUUUCGCAGCUGGGGGUCUCGUGCAUCUAUGCAUAAUGGGGAUUUACCGCUCUUGGUCUUUCAUUCCCUUUUUACUGGGGUGCGCCGGUGAAGCUGCCGGGUAUUGGGCCCGCACCGAGUCCCACAAAAACAUCCGCAGAGGUGGUCCAUAUCUGAUACAGCUCAUGCUUAUACUGGCCUCCGCACCGCUUCUGUCCGCUACCAUCUACAUGACGCUGGGCCGUGUGAUCCGUGCCUUGGAUGCCGUCGAACUCGCAUUUCUUUCCCCUCGGUGGACUACAAAAAUAUACGUGGUCAUCGACAUUGCCAGUUUCGUCUGUCAGAUGAUGGGUUCGGCGAUGCAAUCGAGCGGUGACCCCGCCGGCGUUAAGUUGGGAAACACUAUCGUGAUUGCAGGCCUUGGUGUACAGCUCGGUGCCUUCGCUAUCUUCAUUAUUAACACAGUCAUUGUCCACCGCAGACUGAGGGGGUUGUUCGCAGCAUCUUUCGACUGGCGGAAUUUGUAGAGGGCCCAGAAGGCCAUCUCUACAAGACGGAAGUGUUCGUGUACGUCUUUGAUGCGACGUUGAUGUUUUUGGUUGUCGUAGCCAUGGCAGCGGUACAUCCAGGUCGUCUCGU